AGACGAACUUUACUUUUAAAUGAGAGCAUCGAUGACCGUGAUGCUCAAUGUAUGUACGUAAAUACAGAUCUAAUCGGUCGUAUUUACGUCGAAGACGAUAAAUUACAUCAUAAUUGAGCUCUAAUUUUUAAAUUGAUAUCAAGAAAUACGAAAGGAAUAAAUAUUUUAAAAAUAUGAACAUUGCCGCCGUUCAAUCUACUAUCUUCUUGCCAUGGUUUAUGCUUGCCUUUUUUAUAUGUUUUCAAGGAGUCAUAUGCUUUCGUCCAAUCGUUCUUGUCCACGGUAUCCUGAAUGGUCCAGCAGAAUUUAAAGAUUUCUUAAAGAUUUUAGAAACUUACCACCCUGGAACGCCAACCGUUGUUAUAGAUGCUUAUAAUGAUUUCCAAAGCUUUGAUAGCAUGUGGUUGCAACUUCAUGACGUAUCAAAAUUAAUUAUGAAUAAAACCAGUCAUUUCGAGGAUGGAUAUAAUUUACUUUGCUUCUCACAGGGUGGACUGUUAUGCAGAUCAUUUAUUCAAAGCGAAGAUAAACAUAGAGUCAGAAAUUUUAUAUCAUUAAGUUCGCCACAAGGUGGUCAGUAUGGAAAUACUGUAUAUAUUCAUUUUCAUUUAAUAAAAGAGGAGGCUUAUAGGUUUUUUUAUACAUUGGAAGGACAGAGAUGGUCGGUAGGAAACUACUGGAAUGAUCCUCAUCACCACGAGAUGUAUCUUAAAUAUAACACUUUUUUACCAAAAAUGGAUAAUUCUGUCAUAACUGAACAAUCUGCUAAAUAUAAAAGGAAUCUGCUACAAUUGAACAACUUCAUCCUUAUUGGAGGUCCGGAUGAUGGUGUAAUUACACCAUGGCAAUCCAGUCAAUUUUCAAUUUUUGAUGAAAAUGAACAAGUUGUUAAUUACAAAGAUAGACAUUUAUAUAAAACUGAUGCAAUUGGAUUAAAAACGCUGGAAGAACAAAAUAAAUUACAUUUUUGUACAGUUCCUGGUGUGUUUCAUACAAAAUGGCAUGGAAAUUUGACUGUGUUUAAACAAUGCAUUGAACAAUGGCUUGAUUAA